AUGGGAGCCAACACUAUACGGGGGAGGGCACCUGCUCCUCCUCUUGGCCUCGAUGCCUCAGCAGCUCCACUACAGCCUACUAUGGGGGAUGGAUCGGAUAGGCAAGAGCGCAAGUUAUUUGUGGGAGGUCUACCAGCAGGGUGUGGUAGAGAGGAGUUUGAUGCCUAUUUUGGGCAGUAUGGUGUAUUAGAGGAUUCUAUAGUAAUGACUGAUAGGCUUACUGGCAGGACUAGAGGCUUUGGCUUCGUCACCUAUACCACUCUUGAAGCUACUGAGGUAAUACUACUAGUAAUGUAUGGUGAUAUCAGCAUUGCCACGUGUAUGCAGUGUUGUCUGGGGAGUGGUCCACAUGUGUUAAUGGAUAAGAUGAUUGAUGUCAAGAGAGCAAUGAUAGAGGGGGCUGGUGGGUCCCAUCCUCAGAGUGGGGGUCGUAUAUCAGGAGGAGGGGACAGGAGAUACCCUCCCAUGGGUAAGGGUAAGGGCGGUGACUACAUGUAUGAGGGGGGUUACUCUAGUAAAUAUAGUGCUCCUCCUGUUGGUGAUGGUAUAUCGUUCGCAUCUCCUUCUGAUGGUUACAACCCAUGCAAGCUGUUCAUUGGUGGUAUACCAUCGGACUUGGACCAAGGUCGACUCGACCAAUUCUUCUCCCAGUAUGGGAAUAUAGUAGAUUCAGUGGUAAUGAAGGAUAGGAUUACCGGCAAACCUAGAGGAUUUGCCUAUGUUACCUACUCUACCCCUGAGGAAGCACAGACUGCUAUCAAUGCUGGGGAUGCGAAUAUACUCGAUGGCAAAUGGCUACUCGAGGUUCAAGUGCACCAGGAUCGGGUUUCCGUGCAUCAUCGUCGUCGUCGUCGUCUGGUCCUCCCCCAGGGUAGGUACCUCACUCUUAGUAUUCAUAGGAGUAGCAUAGUGCGUCCAUCAUCGACGUUUGUAGCCUCGUCCCCUAAUGGUAGUAGUGCUGUCGGUGGGGACAAUCCAUCUAAGGUCUUCAUUGGGGGAGUGCCUGCUUCUGUUGAUAAUGGCCGAUUACAAGAGGUUAUGUCACAGUAUGGUAGAAUUAUAGACUGUAUCAUCAUGACCGAUCGUGUUACUGCCCGUCCUAGAGGCUUUGCCUACUGCACCUAUAGUACACCAGAAGAGGCCCAAGCAGCGUGUAAUGGUGGCAGCAACAACUCUAUUGAUGGCCAAUGGUUCGAUGUGAAACCUGCCACUAGAGAUCCGGCGGUUUGUGGCCCAGGAGGAAGGCCUUCGAGAGGAGAGUACCCAACGAGGGAGGCUUAUGAUAAUACUCGGCAAUACCAAUACCAAUCACCAGGGCCUCAGUACGGUCAGUUUAGAAGGGAAGGAGGGUCCUUUAGCCGUGGUGGUGGUGGUGGUGGAAGGUAUGAUACGCCUUACACUCAAGGUAUGUACCCACAGCAGCAGUACUCUCGGGUACCCUAUCAGCAACAGCAACAACAACCCUAUCCUGGCCAAUUGCCACCACAACAACAGUAUCGUGCUUCUCCGUAUUAG